CAUUUUUUAACAAUAACGUUUGCGAUGAAUUUUGUAUAGUUGUUUUGUUGUUAUUGCGGUGUUCGAAACGCCAAAGAAAAAACGGAUUGUGAUUAUUUUUCUCGCUCUCGCGCCCAACAAGUGUACGUGAAUGAUAGCACUGACUGCAUUAUUAACCAAAUACACAAUCGGUAUUAUGAGCAAUUUAAGCAAUGGAAAUUUGCAGCAACAACAACAACCACAACAGGGACAGCAACAACAACAACAGCAGCAGCAGCAACAGAAUGCUGAAGCGGGUGCGGCUGCGGCGGCUGUGGGAGGAGGAGCAAUGAUAUUAGAGCCAGCUGCAAUGCCAGCGCCAGGCCUGGGCGUAGCAGUGGGCGUGGCACAACGCCAGCGUCUGGUGCUGCAACAGCCACAUCAACAACAACAGAACUCUGCUGCCGAGGGCAGCGGCCUGGAACGAGGCAGCUGUCUACUGCGCUAUGCCAGUCAAAAUAGUCUGGACGAGAGCUCACAAAAGCAUAUACAGCGGCCAAAUGGCAAGGAGCGCGGCACAGUGGGGCAAUAUAACAAUGAGCAGCACACUGUGCGAUCCUUCGAUGCUAUGAACGAAAUGCGCAGACAAAAACAACUCUGUGAUGUCAUUUUGGUUGCCGAUGAUGUGGAGAUCCAUGCACAUCGCAUGGUCUUGGCCAGCUGCAGUCCCUACUUCUAUGCCAUGUUCACCAGCUUCGAGGAGUCCCGCAAAGCUCGCAUAACACUACAAAGCGUCGAUGCGCGCGCCCUGGAGCUGCUCAUCGAUUAUGUCUACACUUCGACUGUGGAAGUGAAUGAGGAUAAUGUUCAAGUGCUGCUAACUGCUGCCAAUUUGCUGCAAUUGACCGAUGUGCGAGAUGCCUGCUGUGAUUUUCUACAAACCCAAUUGGAUGCCAGCAAUUGUCUUGGCAUACGUGAAUUUGCCGAUCUCCAUGGCUGUGUGGAGCUGCUCAAUUAUGCAGAGACCUACAUCGAACAGCAUUUCAACGAGGUGAUACAAUUUGAUGAGUUUCUGAAUCUGACACACGAGCAGGUGAUAAAUUUAAUAGCCAACGAUCGCAUCUCGGUGCCAAAUGAGGAGCGUGUAUAUGAGUGCGUCAUUGCCUGGGUGCGCUACGAUGUGCCAAUGCGGGAGCAGCAUACGGCAAUGCUAAUGGAGCAUGUGCGUCUGCCGUUUCUAUCAAAGGAGUUCCUCACACAGCGCGUGGACAAGGAGCUGCUGCUGGAGGGAAAUAUUGUAUGCAAGAAUUUGAUUAUCGAGGCGCUCACUUAUCAUCUGCUGCCAACGGAAACGAAAUCCGCGCGCACUGUGCCGCGCAAGCCUGUGGGCAUGCCCAAGAUACUGCUUGUCAUUGGCGGCCAGGCGCCCAAGGCUAUACGCUCGGUGGAGUGGUAUGAUCUGCGCGAGGAGAAAUGGUAUCAAGCAGCUGAGAUGCCCAAUCGACGUUGCCGCAGCGGACUAUCCGUGCUUGGGGACAAAGUCUAUGCCGUUGGUGGCUUCAAUGGUUCGCUACGUGUGCGCACCGUCGAUGUUUAUGAUCCCAGCACAGAUCAAUGGGCCAAUUGCAAUAAUAUGGAAGCCAGACGCUCCACUUUGGGCGUUGCUGUGCUCAAUGGCUGCAUCUACGCUGUUGGUGGCUUUGAUGGCACCACUGGAUUGUCCAGCGCUGAAAUGUAUGAGCCUAAGACCAAAAUCUGGCGCUUUAUUGCCUCCAUGUCCACACGCCGCAGCUCUGUAGGCGUUGGCGUCAUCAAUGGUCUGCUCUAUGCUGUUGGUGGCUACGAUGGCUUCUCCAGGCAAUGCCUCUCCAGCGUCGAGCGCUACACUCCGGAUACAGACACCUGGGCAGCUGUUGCUGAAAUGUCCUCGCGUCGCAGCGGCGCUGGCGUUGGCGUGCUCCACAACAUUCUCUAUGCUGUGGGUGGCCAUGAUGGGCCCAUGGUGCGCAAAUCUGUCGAGGCUUAUGACUGUGAAACCAACACCUGGCGCUCCGUAGCCGACAUGUCCUAUUGUCGCCGCAAUGCUGGCGUUGUGGCCCAUGAUGGAUUGCUCUAUGUCGUCGGCGGCGAUGAUGGCACCUCCAACUUGGCUUCAGUGGAGGUUUAUUGCCCGGACUCGGACAGCUGGCGCAUUCUGCCCGCUCUGAUGACCAUUGGACGCAGUUACGCGGGCGUGACUGCGCUAGGCUUGAGUUGCCUGGGAAGCCCAGCUCUUGGAUUUCAUGAAUUGCUGGCUGGAAUUGGACAAGCGGCUUCGCUGGCCAUAGCGCUGCUGGAUGAUGAAAAUAGUCAGGCGGAGGGCAGCAUGGAGGGCGCUGUUGGUGGUGCAAUUUAUGGCAACAUUGUAGCAGCACCACAGCAACCACAAGCAGCAGCAGCAGCAGCUCAAGCUGCACCACAGCAGCAGCAACAACAGCAGCCAGCUAAUCAUCCGCACUAUGAGAACAUCUAUGCACCAAUUGGUCAGCCCAGCAACAACAAUAACAAUAACCAAGUUGCUGUCGCCAAUGCCAAUGCCCCUGCAAAUGUUGAGGAAGCUCAACUACAGCCACAACAACAACAAGCAGCAGCAGCAGCAGCAGCAGCUGUAAAUGUUGAAGCCAACAGCAAUAAUAAUAAUUCAACAGCACAACAGCAACAACAACAACAACAACAGCCACGCAUUUUGCCCAUGAACAAUUAUCGCAAUGAUUUAUAUGAUCGCUCAGCUGCUAGCUCAACAGCUUACGAUGUGCCCAGAGCUGUGCGUAGCGGUUUAGGCUAUAGACGUAAUUUUCGCAUAGAUAUGCAAAAUGCUAAUCGCUAUGGCAGCGGCCUGCGCUGCGCGCCGCUUUACUCCAACAAUCGCAGCAAUUGCCAGCGCCAGCGCAGCUUUGAUGAUACCGAAUCCACUGAUGGCUACAAUUUGCCUUACGCAGCCGCCGGCACAAUGCGCUAUGAGAAUAUCUAUGAGCAAAUACGCGAUGAGCCGCUUUAUCGCUCAGCAGCAGCAGCAGCAGCAGCAACAACAGCAGCGCGUGUGCCGCUCUACACUAGACUCGAUGUACUAGGUCAUGGCAUUGGACGCAUUGAGCGUCACUUGAGCAGCAGCUGCGGCAAUAUAGAUCAUUAUAAUCUGGGCGGACACUAUGCAGUGCUAGGACAUUCACACUUUGGCACUGUUGGACACAUACGACUUAAUGCCAAUGGCGCGAGCAGCAGCAGCGCAGCCAGCAGCGCCAGCAGCUGCACUGUGCCCAAUUGUCAGGGCUAUGUAGCAGCUGCUGCAGCGCCAGCGCCCACCACAACAACAAGCAUUGAUUAUGGCCAAGUUAAAGUGCCUGUUAAAAAUAGCGCCAGCAGCUUCUUUAGCUGUUUGCAUGGCGAAAACUCACAGAGCAUGACGAACAUAUAUAAAACAACAGCAGCUGCUGUUGCUGCUGCGCAGCAAUGUUCGCCACUAACACCCAAUGUAUCCAUGGAGCGUGCCGCACGCGCUGCUUCAGCUGGCGCCGCAACUGCGUCCAUUGCAGUAGUAGAAGAAGCGCCAGCUGAAGCUGCUGCUGCCAGCUCGAGCUACAAUCGCGGCACAGGCGCCAUACCCAAAAUCAAAAGCGUUAACAAAUCCAGUGAUAAGUCGAGCAGCUCAACAGCAGCGGUUGCUGCACCAGCUGCUGCUGCUGAGAAAGCCGCUGUGCUGCCCAAGAAAAAGUCGUGCAAUGCUCAACGCACCAGCAGCUCCGCUGAUAGCAGCAACAAUGGCAGCGUUCAAGCAUUAUCCAAGUCCAGUCUGCAGUGGCUGCUGGUAAACAAAUGGCUACCGCUUUGGAUAGGCCAAGGACCGGAAUGCAAGGUUAUUGACUUUAACUUUAUGUUCUCACGCGAUUGUGUUAGCUGCGAUACCGCAGCAGUUGCUUCACAAAUGUCCAAUCCUUAUGGCACACCGCGUCUAGGACUGGGCACUCUGCCGCAGGAUAUGCUGCGUUUUCAAGGCGCCAGCAGCAAUUUAACACCCAGACCGCUGCAUAGCAAUUUGAGUCGCUUGCGCUGCGGCGCGGAUAAGCGAGCGAGCAGCAGCUAUCGCCAGGAGGAUCCUUCGUAUGAGAAUGUGCAUGUGCAGUGGCAAAAUGGCUUUGAGUUUGGACGCUCGCGUGAAUAUGAUAACAGUUAUAAUCAGCAGCGGCCGCUGCUGCAACGCGCACGCUCCGAGAGUCCAACAUUUAGCAAUCAGCAGCGACGCAUGCAACGCGCAGCAGCGCAGGCGCAUAAGCGUGCAGAUCCUUUCAAGAAUUAUGAGCUAAAUGCGCAAAAUAAUACUUUUAAGCCUAAGGCGGCAGCAGCUCCAGCUCCAGCAGCUGUGGAGUCAGUUGAGGAGCUGGAAGGCGCUGUGGGUGGAGCUGAAUCUGUUGCCUCGCUGGAGCUGGAGUUGGACAAUAUUAAUUUGAGUGAUAACGAGACUGAAACAACGAAUACAACAACAACAACUGGCAACAACACUCAAGAGUCAAACGACUAAGCUGCAUAAUUUUCUUUUAAACUUUAUAAACCCUAAAAAACUGUGCCAAGGGCUUUAUAUUUAAUUUGAGUUCAAAAACUUUGUUUUGGUUUACAAAUUCGAUCUCAUUUCAAAACACACAAAAUUGUUUAAUUAAAUAACAAACAAACAUUUAAGUAUUAAGCGCAAUCGAAUAAUGUUCAUAUGUAGAAUUUGAUAACAAAUUUUCUAGGCCAAAACUAUAACUACUUACAUAUACAAAAAACAAAACUAUAUAACAAAAUACGCCAUAUCAUGUCAACAACAUUUUUUCUAGUACUUUAAGCAAUAUGCAUUUGAUAUUUAAUGUGUAAAGGUUUAGGCAAACACUGCCAACAGCAAAUAAUAUUAUUAUGUUAAUGUUUACUGGGCUUUAAUGUUUAAGUUUUGUUUUUAAAAAGUGAAAAACUAUUUGUAGGUCAAUUAGUAUAACAGGUAUUAUUUACAUGCAUGCUACUUACACAUACACACACACAUAUACAUAUAAACCUUAUAUACAAUAUACAAAAAUAUAGAAAACUAAAAU